GAAGAAAAAAGGGUGUUUCGACUUGAUCCGAGUCUGAGAGCAGGAUAGUCCCACUGUGCGCAGAAAGUGGGCUCUGUCUGCGUAAAGAUCCACAGUCUCCAAAGAUAGGCUGAAAUUUACAUUGGCAGAGUUUUUUUUUUUUUUUAAACCGCCCUAACCUUAGAUCUAUUUGAUUGCUCUUGCUUGCAACUGAUGAGGAAUUUAAUUAAAAGGUGAGCCUAUCUCUGUCUCUGACGCACAACCUGCAGAAGUGACAUCUGAGCAUCUUAGAGUUUUUGUUUUCACAGUAGCUUUUAAGAUAUGGCCAAGUUAUUCCGAGCUGCUAUCAUGGGUCCACCGGGAUCAGGGAAAGGAACGAUAUCCCAGAGGAUUGCGCAAAGUUUUGGCCUGCAGUAUCUGUCCAGUGGUCAUUUUCUACGAGAGGGCAUAGCGGCAAAAACAGAGGCAGGCUUGCUGGUGAAGACCUAUGUAGAGAGAAGCAUGCUGGUGCCUGACCAUGUGAUGACCAGAUUGAUGCUGCCCAGACUGGAACAGCUGAGCGGUCACAGCUGGCUGCUGGAUGGUUUCCCCCGCACACUCGGACAGGCUUUGGCCCUCAACAAUUUGUAUCAGCUAGACUUGGUUAUCAGCCUAAACAUCCCCUAUGAGACUCUCAAGGAGAGACUGAGCGACCGCUGGAUCCAUCCAGCCAGCGGCAGAGUCUACAACAUGGGCUUCAACCCUCCCCGAGUGCAGGGUAAGGAUGACAUCACAGGAGAGCCACUGAUUCAGCACGAUGACGACAAGCCGGAGGCUCUGAUGGCCAGACUGAGACAUUACAAAGAUGUGGCAAAACCCGUAAUUGAUUUGUACAAGUCACAAGGAAUCCUGCACUCAUUUUCCGGUACAGAGACAGACCGGAUUUGGCCUUAUAUAAAUUCUCUCCUCAGCACGAAGAUGCACACACAGCCAUCAGAUACCUGCCAAGCUCAGACACCAUGAGUCUACCCCGAAUGAACAAAAAACCAAGGGGAAUGAGGGGAAGAAGUGCAGUGGUGCCUUUAUGUACUGGCCUGGUGUCAGCUUUCGGUUUGGCCAUUAAGAGUGAACUUUAGAACAAUGGACCAGGUCACUGACACACAUGUUUCUCAUUGACUGUCCAGUUUUCCAAACGAAAGAUUGUAUGAAAAUUUUCAAAGACUUAUAGAAUGAAGAUUGUGACAAAUUCAGAUUCAGAAUCCUGACAGUAAAACAUUCAAGAUCGUUCAAGGCUGCUAAAAACCAAAAUGCUUAAACAUCCAAAUUCUGCACAACACUUUCAUUAAUCAGUUUAUCACACAUGAAUUUUGAUCUUCAGUUGCUCCGACCCAACCACUGAAUGAGCCAAUAUGGAAAAAGUAAACACUAAUGUCUGAUUUAUUUUAUAGUAAAACCAAAAAACGAUGGGGGAAAAUAAUACUCACAUGAUUAAAAACACUUACAGUUUUUUAAAUAUAAAUCACAACAUAAAAUAUCAUCACAUUAUUGCCUAGAAAACGCACACGAAGAGUAAAUAUUCUCAUGCCAUUGCCUUAACUGAGCAAUAGUAAAGUUCAUCAUCGCCCCUUAUAUGAAAACAUCAUUUGAGUCAUUUUUUUUCUUAUACACUAGAAACCUGUUAAAGCCUGUGUGCUACAUGCAAAGUCAUCUGUUACAUACAGAACUGUUUUUUUAUUUAAAUGUAUUUGUGAUUGUACACUAUAGCCAUCAGUUACACAGACAGUGCAAGCUGUAACAAACUGCUAAUCUUUUUUGCUGAAAUGCUGUUAACUUUGGUCUGCAGUCAUCUUUGGACUUGUACAAGAAUCCUGUACAGUGACUCAGCGGCACUGGGAUGAAGAUCAGUGCCUUCAGUAUUGUUACAUUCCUUAAAACAUGCCAUAAGGUUGCCUUGAGAUUCUGAUCACCAAAAUGUGAUAUUUUUGGUAUGCUGCAAUGAUUUUGCAGUGAUUGUUCAGCUAAAUACUUUUAUGAUUCUGAUAUGGUCAUAGAUGCAAAGAUGUUCUCAUGUCUGGAUUGUUUGAAUGUAUAACUCAGUGCUGCAGGGUGAACAAAAUGUAGUAGGUCUUUGCAUACUUUGCUUUGUAGCUUUUUUUGUUUCAUGUGAUUGUUUGAAAGUCGCAGUGAUUAUUCACAAAACAGAAUAGCUUAUGAAAUGAUGACUAAGACAGUAAUUUAGCCACACUAAUAACUAAAACACAUCCAUCAUCAAAUAUGUUUCUAAAAUAUUUGAUGUAGCUCUGUUAGUGCUGUCCAACCAUUUUAAAAACUUGUAUGUAAAUUAGCAUCUGUUUUAUUCACUGCAGCACAUUUCCCAUGAGCUUCUCUUUGUUUUACAUCCCAGGUUUGUAAUUUUUUUCUUCCAUUAUCUGUGUUUUGAUUGUAUGGGUAUGUUGUACAUUUGAUUUAAAAGUAUUAUGAGUUGACUCUCAUAUUGUAACCAGAAGACCAAAGAGGAAGUAAACAUGAGAGUGCAACAGAGCCUGGGGAAGGAGCAAAAUAAAUUGAUACAUGUUUGCUAAUGGAGAACAAAUCCAGACUCUUAGAGGGAAGUGGGUUUAGAUUGUGCUGUGUAGGACUGAAUGCUUCUUAAAUGAAUGGAUGUGGCAAUGGGUUUUUGCCCUGUGUUCAUAAAGUGUUGUCAAAACAUGUUAGGCAUGUUAAAUCUGUUUUUCCAGCUUUCAUUCAUUCAGUCAGCUUUCGUUGUUUUUCUCUGCGAUUAAGCCAGUACUUGCUUGGCAACAUGCACUUGUGCACAACUAGUUACGUUUCUUAAGAUCAUGCAAUGUUGUGUAACAGACCUAGGAGAUAAUUAAAUGAAUGACAAUAAUGGGUGUACAAACACACA